UGGUCGUCCGGGACACUUUGCUCGUGAUUGUCGGCAACCUGAAAACGGAGCCCAACAGAGAUCAUAUCGGGGCAGAGGCCAUAACCCACACAUGGCCCCUAACGUUGAAAAAGCACCACGACCACACUCGCAGUACCCUUUGUCCACUGGAGGGGAAAGGGAGUGGUACUGAGACAGCCCACGGAACGACCUCAGCAGGGUCAGGGCGGAACCCUUGCUGACUUUGGAGACGAAACCACUGAAGUAAGGGGGUUUUCCGGGGCUAUAACUAGACUGCCAUUCUCCAAAGAACUCACAGUGCAGUGCAUGAAAAAACAAUCACUGACUCACUCUUUUCUGCUGUCAUAUUCCUCACCGACAAAUUUGUUGGGAAGAGACUUGCUAGUGAAACUUGGAGCUGAAAUCCUAUGCAGCCCGGAGGGGAUUAUAGUAACUAUGAAAAAUGGUAUCACCAUGAACUGUUCCAUCAUGACCACAAUGAGAACGCAUGGACAAUGGUUACUUUCUGCAAACACCUCUCCACAGGGAGCUGACAUUUACUGGGGGAGGGUGCUUCUGGGGGACACAGGGGACACCCUGAACGAUCUGUACUCUCAAUGGGAACCUUGGAUAUUGUCAUUAGCGCCAUACACCCAGCUAAUAGAUCCACUGCAUGUCACUCUGUUUUAUGAUAGAACACAAGAGUACUGGUACCAAGAACAAUUUGAUAACAUUGCAGGAGAACAGUGGGAAAUUUUUGGGGCAGGAAUACUGAUAGGCAAAGAGGGAGUGGCAGGUAUUGUAGAACUUACCCCCGAACAGGAACAAUGGUAUAAAAUGAGGGAAGAGGCAUCACCCCAUAUAUCAUUGUUAGUACACCCCCAACACCAAGCUAAAGAUCUAGGACCAAUGGUAAAGAAGGGAAUACACUUAACAGAUUGGAGGGAAACCCAACUUCCUGGUGUAAAAUAUUCAUCUAGCUCAGGGUAUUAUUUGAUCACACAGGAAACAAAAGACACUGUAGUGUUGGAACACGAAUGGCUCACAAGAUGGCAUGGUAGGGAGAAAAGUGAUCAUGAAGAUGCUGAAACAAUGUUGAAAAGUUUGCCCGACCAGUUAUGGACUCAGAGUCCCACAGAUGUAGGGUUUUGUAAAAAUUACCCAGAAAUUUCGUUCGAGCUGACAUGUGAUGAUCCAAUUUGGAGGCCUCAGUAUAAACACAAACCAAAGGCAGAGGAAGGUAUCAAAGAUACCAUUGAAGGUUUGUUAACCGCAGGGGUUUUAGAGUAUGCUGAUUCCAAUUGGAACACACCCAUUCUGCCUGUGGAAAAACAAAACACAGGAAAAUUCAGAAUGGCACAUGAUUUGAGAACAAUCAAUCAAAUCAUUAAAACUCCAACUUUACCUGUUCCAAACCCAUACACUUCUCUGAAUGAAAUCACUCAACAUCAAUCAUGGUAUACUUGCAUCGAUCUCGCUAAUGCUUUCUUCUGUUUACCCCUUGCAGAGCACUUAAGAGAUAUUUUCUCCUUCACCUACAGGGGGCGACAAAUAAGAUAUUCCCGCAUUCCGCAGGGAUUCAUUUUAUCCCCUGGGAUAUUUAACCAGGCACUGAAAGAUAUGUUACAGGGAGUGAACUUGCCGGAGGGCACGACUCUCAUUCAGUAUGUAGAUGAUUUGUUACUGGCCGCAGAAACAGCAGAGCACUGUAUCCAGGCCACACAUGAAGUGCUCAAACGACUGUAUGAACAAGGCUUCAAAGUGAACAAGAGCAAAUUACAGGUAUGUAGAAGGGAAGUUACUUUUCUAGGAAGAGUAUUGUCAGCACAGGGAUCAGGAUUGUCCAGCCAACAUCGAACCUCAAUUUUGCAACAUGCCAAACCAAUUACAGUAAAAGAUAUGUUAUCAUUUCUUGGCUUGGCAGGUUUUAGCAGGAAUUAUAUUCCAGCAUAUGCAGAGUUGACACGCCCACUAAGGGAAAUGGUUAGGAAGGCAGGGCCAAGGGAACUAAGAGCAAAGUUAGCAUGGGACACAGAGACAGAAAAAGCGUUCAUAGAUGUGAAGAGCAGUUUAUCCAUGGCAGCAGAUUUGGCAAAACCAGAUUAUGACAAGCAAUUUUUCCUAGAUGUUUCACAGGGUAAGACUACAGUAAAGGGAGUGUUGUUCCAGAAAGAUCAGGGUAAUCGGAUAGUUCUUAUGUACAUCAGCAUCUCACUGGAUAACAUUGAGGUAAGAGAACACCCAUGUACCAGAUAUGCAGCAGGACUGGCAAACAUUGUGGACAAAGUUGGGCACAUAGUACAGGGACAUUGUUAA